CCUGUCACCAACGUUUCACACCAAACCUAACCCGGGUCAAAAUUCAACCCAACGUCUCGACUCGGCUCAAUCCCCGAAGGGCUAAAACCCAAGCCCAAAUACCCCUCACGCUAAAACCCCAGCACCCCUCACGCUCCCCUUGACCCCUUCUCCCCGCGGCCGCACCACAGCCACCGCGCCAUGGCCGCCUCCCACCACCAGCGCCACCUCAUCCUCCUGGUACUCUUCCUCGCUGCCGCCACCGCGUCCGCCCACAACAUCACGGCCGUCCUCGACGGCAUGCCGGAGUACACGCUGUACAACAGCUACCUCUCCGAGACCAAGGUCUGCGACGAGAUCAACAGCCGCAGCACGGUCACCUGCCUCGUCCUCACCAACGGCGCCAUGUCCUCCCUCGUCUCCAACCUCUCCCUCGCCGACAUCAAGAACGCGCUCCGCCUCCUCACCCUCCUCGACUACUACGACGAGAAGAAGCUGCACUCCCUGCACUCAGGCUCCGAGCUCACCACCACGCUCUACCAGACCACAGGCGACGCCGCCGGCAACAUGGGCCACGUCAACAUCACCAACCUCCGCGGCGGCAAGGUCGCCUUCGCCUCUGCCGCGCCCGGCGCCAAGUUCCAGUCCACGUACACCAAGCGCAUCAAGGAGGAGCCAUACAACCUCUCCGUUCUCGAGGUCUCCGACCCCAUCACUUUCCCCGGACUCUUUGGCUCCCCGUCGGCCGCGUCGGCCAAUCUCACCGGGCUUCUCGAGAAGGCCGGGUGCAAGCAGUUCGCGCGGCUCAUCGUGUCGUCCGGUGUCAUCAAGAUGUAUCAGGUCGCCAUGGACAAGGCGCUGACGCUGUUCGCGCCCAACGACGAGGCGUUCAAGGCCAAGGACCUGCCCGAUCUGAACAAGCUCACGAGCGCCGACCUCGUCGCGCUGCUGCAGUACCACGCCCUGCCGCAGUACGCGCCCAAGGCGUCGCUCAAGGUCGCCAAGGGCGACAUCCCGACCCUGGCCUCCAACGGCGCGGGGAAGUACGAUCUCUCGGUCGUGUCCAAGGGCGACGACGUGUCGCUGGACACCGGCGUGGACAAGUCCCGCGUCGCGUCCACCGUGCUCGACGACACCCCGACGGUCAUCCACACGGUGGACAGCGUGCUGCUCCCGCGCGAGCUCUUUGGUGGCGCGCCGUCUCCCGCGCCGGGGCCCGGACCGGUCGGCGACGUGCCAGCCGCGGCCCCUGCUCCCGAAGCCUCCGCGCCGGCGCCUUCUCCCAAGGCCGCCGGCAAGAAGAAAAAGAAGGCCAAGUCGCCGUCGCACUCACCGCCGGCACCCCCGGCGGACUCGCCCGACGUUGCACCCGCCGACGCGCCGGCGGGAGACGAGGCGGACAAUGCCGACACCAAGAAGAACGGCGCCACCGCAGCGGUCAUGACCUUCGCGGCCACGGUGGCCUCUUUCGCUCUGGCUGUCGCGCCGUUCUUGUAAGCGGCAGGUGUUCGACGCCGAGCCCUCGUUGUUCUCUCUGGGCAUAUGCAUGGUGCAGUGGCGGACGCAGCGGAGAAAUCCGGGGGGGUG